AUGGGCGUAGCGACAGCCUUGCUGGAGCUCCCAGCGCCGCUGUGGGAAUGGAUCAAGGCGACUCCAGUUCCCAUCUUGCUCGGCCUCUUCGUCGCCCUGAUUCUAUUCGGGCUCGUUUCUCUCUUCAUCCUCCUCCACCUCGUCGCCUCCAAGCCUCGCCCCGUCCUCUCCUCUGAAAAGACAUACAUCACCAGCAGCCCUUCCGGCAAGACGACUCCUCGCCCCCUCCCCUGCUGGUACGACCGAUGGCUCGCGGAACGACACCUCAGCGAGCAGCGCCCUCGCUCAGGUGAAGCGAAUCCUACGCCUGACGUCGGCUCCAUUGAGCCCGCGGAGCUCCUCCUCAGCGUCGUUUUCCCCGCGUACAAUGAAGAAGAUCGGGUGAUUCCCACACUGGAAGAGGCCGUCGAGUACCUGGACAAGCACUUUGGACGCACCGCUGCUCCUCUUGCUGGCGCCAAGAACCCUCUUUCGCCGACGACUAAGAAGCGUCAUGUGCAAGGCGCUGCUGGCGCUACUGAUCCAAAAGACCAAGGCCUUAGCGGCUACGAGAUUAUCAUUGUCAAUGACGGCAGCCGCGACAAGACGGUCGAUGUGGUGCUCGAUUUCGCGCAGAAGAACGGCUUGGACGAUGUGCUUAGAGUCGUGUCACUGGCUAAGAACCGGGGCAAGGGCGGUGGCGUUACACAUGGCUUUCGUCAUGUUCGCGGCGAGUAUGCGCUUUUUGCCGAUGCAGACGGCGCGUCGCGGUUUAGCGAUGUAGCGAAGCUGAUUGAGGGCGUCGAGGAGGUGGUUGAUGGUUCCCGCCGAGGCGUUGCCAUUGGUAGCCGUGCCCAUCUCGUUGGUAGCGAAGCAGUGGUCAAGCGCUCUGCUCUUCGAAACUUUCUCAUGCGCUCGUUCCACCUCGUGCUCACCAUCCUCACACCCCCUGCCACAUCCCGGAUCCGCGAUACCCAGUGCGGCUUCAAGCUCUUUACGCGCGCCGCGCUGCCGCACAUUGUCCCGUACAUGCAUGCCGAGGGCUGGAUCUUCGACAUUGAGAUGCUGAUGCUCGCCGAGUCCGCGCCCGCGACGCCCGUCCUGGGCAGCGACGGCAGCGUCAUUGGGACCAGUCCUGGCAUUAAAGUCGCCGAAGUGCCCAUUGAGUGGCACGAGGUGGGCGGCAGCAAGCUGAAUGUUAUCCAGGACAGCAUCAAGAUGGCUAUUGGCCUGUUUGUGUUGAGGGCGUGUUGGAUGAUGGGUGUGUAUAGGAGACGCCUUACCUGA